AUGGCAUCUGCUCUCUUCUUCCUCGACCUCAAGGGCAAAACCCUUCUGGCCAGAAAUUAUCGAGGAGACAUUCCCAUGUCUGCGGUGGAAAAGUUUCCAAUACUCCUCAGUGAAGCAGAAGAAGAGAGUUCUGCUGUCCCACCAUGUUUCUCCGACGAGGGAAUCAAUUACCUCUACAUCCGACACAAUAACCUCUAUCUCCUCGCUCUUACCAAACGAAAUACAAAUGCCGCCGAGAUCCUCCUCUUUCUCCACAAACUCGUCGAGGUCUUUACCGAAUACUUCAAGGAGCUGGAAGAGGAAUCAAUAAGAGACAAUUUUGUGGUCAUAUACGAGUUGCUGGACGAGAUGAUGGAUUUUGGCUACCCACAGACGACCGAAUCCAAAAUUCUGCAGGAAUACAUUACCCAGGAAUCGCAUAAACUGGAAAUCGCUCGGCCGCCAAUUGCAGUCACAAACGCUGUCUCCUGGAGAUCGGAAGGUAUUCGAUAUCGGAAAAACGAGGUCUUCUUGGAUGUAGUGGAAUCACUCAACCUGUUGGUUUCUUCGACUGGAAAUGUGCUUCGUUCCGAAAUUUUAGGCGCAGUCAAGAUGAAGUGCUAUCUUUCUGGUAUGCCUGAACUGCGACUUGGACUGAACGACAAGGUGAUGUUUGAAACGACGGGAAGAGCGACUCGCGGGAAGGCAAUCGAGAUGGAGGAUGUCAAAUUCCAUCAAUGCGUUCGACUUUCGCGAUUCGAAAACGACCGAACAAUCUCAUUCAUCCCACCAGACGGAGAAUUCGAAUUGAUGUCAUACAGAUUGAACACACAGGUCAAACCGCUCAUUUGGGUGGAAUGUAUCGUGGAAUCACAUUCUGGGAGCAGGAUUGAAUACAUGUUAAAAGCAAAGGCACAAUUCAAGAGGAGGAGUACAGCCAACAAUGUUGAGAUUAUCGUCCCGGUACCUGAAGAUGCGGAUUCUCCUAGGUUUCGUACGAAUAUUGGAAGUGUACAUUAUGCGCCCGAGAAAAGCGCGAUUGUCUGGAAGAUCAAGCAGUUUGGUGGUAGCAAGGAGUUUUUGAUGAGAGCGGAAUUGGGAUUGCCUAGUGUCAAGGGUGAUGAUGAACAUGGCGGUGGUAUGACGGGUGGAUUUGGUGGAAGUAUGGGUGGUGUUGGCUCAAAAGGCGCCAAGAGACCUAUCAGUGUGAAGUUUGAGAUUCCAUAUUUCACGACGAGUGGUAUUCAGGUGCGGUACUUGAAAAUUAUCGAGCCAAAGUUACAAUAUCCAUCAUUACCUUGGGUUCGGUAUAUCACACAAUCGGGAGACAUCGCGGUCAGACUUCCCGACGUCAGUUAG